GGCCAAAUUUACUAUAACAGAUCAUAACUACAACAAAUCAUAUGCAAAUGUAGUUUGUGAACAAGGAGGAGCAAACUCUGUUGUGGGAGGAUUCAGUUCUAGUGAAUUCAGUGUUUGAGCAGAUGUUUUAUUAGAUCUGACACUGAACUAAUGAAGAAAAUGUUUCACAUGUUUGCUUCGCUCUGUUUGUGCUGCUGGAGUCUGAUCGGUGUGUUUGGUGAAUCAGUUUCAGUGACGGAGGGAGAUUCUGUUACUUUGAAAACUGAUGUUACUGAAGUACAACAAGCUGACGACGUAGUGUGGAGACUUGAAUCAUACAGUUCUUCUAUAGCUAAAAUUAAAAAACAACAUCAAAUCUUCUUCACAUCUGAUGUUCCUGAUGGGAGAUUCAGAGACAGACUGAAGCUGGACAGACAGACUGGAUCUCUGAUCAUCUCAAACAUCACAACUCAACACGCUGGAGUCUAUGAAGUACAGAUGAGUGGACUGAAACUGAUAUCAAAAACAUUCAAUGUUUCUGUCUACGCUCGUCUUCCUGUUCCUGUCAUCAGCAGUAACUCUUCCCAGUGUUCAUCAUCAUCAUCAUCAUCAUCAUCAUCAUCUUCAUCGCAGCAGAAUUGUUCACUGUUGUGUUCAGUGGUGAAUGUGGGUCAUGUGACUCUCUCCUGGUACAAAGGAAACAGUUUAUUGUCCAGCAUCAGUGUGUCUGAUCUCAGCAUCAGUCUCUCUCUACCUCUGGAGGUGGAAUAUCAGGAGAAAAACAGCUACAGCUGUGUGAUCAACAAUCCCAUCAGAAACCAGACCACACAUCUGGACAUCAGCAAACUCUGCAGCAACCAGACUCAACAUCUGGACAUCAGUCAACUCUGUCACACAUCUUCAGCUCGUCUGCCUGUUCCUGUCAUCAGCAGUAACUCUUCAAACUGUUCAUCAUCAUCAUCAUCUUCAUCACAGCAGAAUUGUUCAUUGGUGUGUUCAGUGGUGAAUGUGGGUCAUGUGACUCUCUCCUGGUACAAAGGAAACAGUUUAUUGUCCAGCAUCAGUGUGUCUGAUCUCAGCAUCAGUCUCUCUCUACCUCUGGAGGUGGAAUAUCAGGAGAAAAACAGCUACAGCUGUGUGAUCAACAAUCCCAUCAGAAACCAGACCACACAUCUGGACAUCAGCAAACUCUGUCACACAUGUGCAGGUAUGGUGAUAUUAAUACUGAUUUACUUGUUAUAUAGUGUUUAUAUUUUAUAUUUGUUGUAAAUCAGAUAAACAUA